AUGCACAUCAAAUCCAUAGCGGAACUAUUGAGGGAGCCGGGUUUCUCGGGAAGAAUUUGAUCCGAGCACUACCUCAUUCAGGCUGAUGCAAGCUGUCAGUCUGUCUUUGUGGAGAGGAUUUUACGUGUGAAGAAGAUGACAGACAGUCAGGCAGAAGGAGCAACCAGUCCAAUGGAGCUGUACGAGAAACUGACAGCUCAGGGAGAAGAAGUCAGAACCUUGAAAACAGCCAAAGCUGAGAAAGCUGAAGUCGAUGCUGCUGUCCAGAUGCUGCUAAAGUUGAAAGUGGACUACAAACAGACGACGGGUCAGGAUUACAAAGCAGGAUGUCCGCCCUCAGAAAACGCUGCCGUCACUGACAAUGGGCCAGCAGCAGAUGGGGAUGGCGGCGACGACACAGUUGACCCGUGGAAUGUCUCCACCACCAACGCCAAGGGGGUAGACUACGACAAACUCAUAGUGAGGUUUGGCAGCAGUAAAAUUGAAAAGGAGCUGGUGGACAGAGUAGAAAAAGUCUCUGGACAGAAACCUCACCGCUUUCUAAGAAGAGGAAAAUUCUUCUCACACAGAGACAUGAAUCAGGUGCUGGAUGCUUAUGAGAAACAAAAGUCCUUCUACCUUUACACGGGCAGAGGUCCGUCCUCUGAAGCCAUGCACGUUGGUCAUCUAAUCCCCUUCAUCUUCACCAAGUGGCUUCAGGAUGUAUUUGACAUCCCGCUGGUGAUCCAGCUGACUGAUGAUGAAAAGUAUCUGUGGAAGGAUCUAUCACUGGAGGACUGCCACCGCUUCGCUGUGGAGAACGCUAAGGACAUAAUCGCCUGUGGCUUUGAUGUGAACAAGACAUUCAUCUUCUCUGACCUCGAAUACAUGGGUGCCUCGCCCGAUUUCUACAGGAACGUGGUUAAGAUCCAGAAGCACGUUACAUUUAACCAGGUCAAAGGCAUCUUUGGCUUUACAGACAGUGACUGCAUCGGAAAGAUCAGCUUCCCGGCCAUCCAGGCAGCCCCGUCGUUCAGUAACUCCUUCCCACAGAUCUUUGGAGGCAGAAAGGACGUUCAGUGCCUCAUCCCUUGUGCCAUCGACCAGGACCCUUACUUCAGGAUGACCCGUGACGUAGCGCCAAGGAUCGGCUAUCCCAAACCCGCUCUGCUGCACUCCACCUUCUUCCCCGCCCUGCAGGGGGCGCAGACCAAGAUGAGCGCCAGUGAUGCCAACUCCUCCAUCUUCCUCACGGACACACCCAAGCAGAUCAAAAACAAGAUCAACAAACAUGCAUUUUCGGGAGGUAAAGACACAGUGGAAGAACACAGGAAGUACGGUGGAAACGCAGAUGUAGACGUCUCCUUCAUGUACUUGACCUUCUUCCUGGAGGAUGAUGAGCAACUGGAGAAGAUCAGACAGGACUACACAAGUGGAAAUCUUCUCACAGGAGAACUGAAGAAGCUUUUGAUUGAGACCCUACAGCCCAUGAUCACCCAGCACCAAGAGAGACGCAAACAAGUCACAGACGAGACAGUCAAGCAGUUCAUGACUCCGAGACCUUUAAAUUUUAAGUUGUAGCCUGUUUAAGCUUCCGAAAUGUCGGGGGUCUUCAUCUUGUGAAUCUCAAGACAAGAACAAAUAAUGCAUCCAUCUGUUUCCCAUUUAAAAUCCACAUCAUUUCGAAAUGGAUGGUGGACAUUUGCUCAUAGUUUGCAUCAGAACUGGAGAGAAGUGUAAAUGUAAAUUACUGGAGAUGAUGUGCUCCUCUGUGUUAAAACUAAGCAUGGCGUUGUCCGCAGCUUCAUGCUAAUCAUCAUGCCACCUGUUAAAUGUACACGUUCAUGAAGUGUUUGUAUUUCCGGCGCUGCUGUAACAUCACGCGAGUCCUGCUCCUCGCCUUGAAACCGGUUCAGGAAUGGAAGACGAUUAAAGUGGAUUACAAAUGUU